GCUCUGGUUGAGGAACAGUCGUGCCAUGAUCGUUCCUCCACCCGUAUGGCUUAUCUAAAUGCUGUUAUUCGUGUUUUGAGCGUUUUCAAGCGAGACAAGCUUGAUUUCAACUCUAACGGUGCACAGAUUAAAGACACAACUCUGAGUCUGCCUAAGUCAGGGCAAACCGAAUUGGAUUCAUCAGCUCCUUGCCUAGUGGCCAAUAAUACCGACGAUAUUUCUGACCCUUUAGCCCCAAAGCCGACAGCAUAUUUCGGUGUUGGGCCAGAUACUAACAAAGAAGAUCAGCUUCUCGAAGGAUUUGUUUAUGGUAAGCCCAACCUACCUUGGGCUCUUUAA